CAUUUGGCUUGUUUAGUGUUCGUUGUUUUGUGCCACAAUUUUCUCAUUUUUCUGAGUGUUUUUCGGCAACAAUGUUUCGUCAAAUAAAUCAGGCCAUUUUGUUGUGUGCUGUUUUUGUUGUCGUCAAUUGUUUCCCUGAUGGCGGUCCAGCGGAUACAUGUGUCAAGCCUGGACGAUUCAAUCAGCCAAAUCAUGGACAAGCCAGAACUCAGCCAAUUGGCACUUUGCCGUACGAGGUGGUAGCCACCACUGAUCAAUAUCAACCAGGACAACAAAUUCAAAUCACCGUUCGUGGUCCCGAAUAUUUCCGCGGAUUCUUCAUACAAGCGCGAGAUGCCGAAACUAACGAAUGGAUUGGCACAUGGCAAGACAGCCAAAAUACAAAAACAAUUCCAGAAUGUGCAUCAAUCACCCAUGCAGACAAUCGUGAUAAGGAAGGCGCAAAUCUUAUUUGGAAUGCACCACAGCAUAAGAGUGGUCGAGUUUAUUUCACUGGAUCCAUCGUUAAAAAUUACUCCACCUUUUGGUCAGAUGUCGUCGCCAAAAUCCCCUUUUAUCAGAGAUGAACACACUUUAAUUUUAUGAAGGAACAAACAAACCGAUCAUUUCUUUUGACAUAAUUCAAUGGAAUUUUUGAAUUGUCCAGGCACCGAAAAAAAAACAAAAUUGUC